AUGGUUGUCUUGAACAAGUUCUCCGUUGCCCUUGUGGCCGCUAUGGCUGCUGUCGGUCAGGCCACUCACGAGGGUCUCCACGCUCGUCGUAUCCUGGCUCGCUCUGCCACCCCCGGUGCUGCUGAGCCUUCUACCUCGACCGUCCUCGUGUUCCCCACUGCUGCCGAGCCUGCUCCCACUGCUGCUUCUUCUUCUGCCGUGUCUGCUCCUGCUGAGGAGUCCUCCGCCGUGCAGUCCUCUUCUGCUCCCUCGGUGGCUUCCAGUGCCAUUCCUUCGGUUGCUUCGUCUGUCGUUCCCAGCGUUGCCUCGUCUUCGGUCGUUUCCAUCCCUAGUGUGAGCUCCUCCGUGCCCGCUGGCACUAUUUCGCCUAUUGCUUCUUCCAGCAAGCCCGUGGUCACCCGCACUCCCAUCAGCUCUCGUCCCACUGGUCGUCCCACCAAGUCCUCUUCCGGCGCUCUGUCCAGCACUGUCUCUGCCCCUGCUGGCACUGACGUCCCUGGCGAUGCCCCCGAGACUAUCACUUACACAGUGACCUCUGGAACUUCCACUAGUGUCAUCACUACCACCAUCUACAAGACCGCUACUGAGCAGCACACUGUCACUGCUACUGAGUCUGGCUCUGAUGCCUCGGCCACCAAGCCUGCUGAGGAUACCACCCACACUCGUACUUCCACCAUCAACAGCACCAAGACCGAGACUGUCACUCUCGUUGAGGCUCCCACUCCCUCUGGUGGUGCCGGCCAUGAGUCUGGUGCUUGCUCCGCCGUGACUGUUACUGCUACUGUCACCGAGACUGUGACUGCUGGCGCUACCGAGACCCAGACUCCUGGCAACGGUGAGGGCGCACAGAGCACCUCCACUGAGACUGGUGCUUCUUCCACCGAGGCUGCGGCUGCUCCCACUGAGACCCGCACUGCCACCGGCUCCACCCGCAUCCCCCUCACCCGCACUCCUACUCCUUCUUCCAGCGGCUUCGCUACCCGGACUCCUUCCGCUAGCGUUACCCCUACCCCCGCGUUCAGCGCCCAGCCCACCCCUACCGGCACCCCCUCUGGCAAGCCUUUCUUGGCCAACUGGCGCCGCCACUUCAUCUAA